CUGCCCCUUCAACAACCUCCGGGAAAGAGGGACGCCGGAGGGAUGUGUUUGGGAUGUGUUUGCAAUUCAAAUCCUUGGCUUUCUGCCAGCCUCUUUUCUAAAUAAAAGGCAGGAGCUGCGGUGAGGUGCGAAGGGGUCUUUGGAAUUGCAGUGGCCCUGCGAUCCGGAGAUACCCGUAUCCGCCGCUUUUAUCUGCUUCCGAAGCAAACGGGGAAAGAGCAAGGAUGGUGGAGGCUUUCUGUGCUACCUGGAAGCUGACGGAGAGUCAGAACUUUGAUGAGUACAUGAAGGCGCUUGGUGUGGGCUUUGCCACUAGGCAGGUGGGCAAUGUGACUAAGCCAACAGUGAUCAUCAGUCAGGAGGGGGACAGAGUGGUGAUCAGGACUCAAAGCACAUUCAAGAACACAGAGAUUAGUUUCCAUCUGGGAGAAGAGUUUGAUGAAACCACUGCAGACGACAGAAACUGUAAGUCUGUUGUUAGCUUGGAUGGAGACAAACUUGUUCAUGUACAGAAAUGGGAUGGCAAAGAAACAAAUUUUGUAAGAGAGAUUAAGGAUGGCAAAAUGAUCAUGACUCUUACUUUUGGCGAUGUGGUUGCUGUUCGCCAUUAUGAGAAGGCGUAGAAAACAUCCUGACCUGGGGCUGGAGAAGCUCUACAAUAUUUCUGUUUACUCAAGUCUCAGUGUUAAACUGCUAUUACAGUGCGGCCUAUCACUAAUUAGAAGGUUAUCUUGGUGUGGAGGUGGAAAAUGAUGACUUUAAACCUUGUUUUAAAAACUUGUUGCUGCAAGCAAUCAAAGCCAUCUUUGAUCUGCAAAUUUAUCACAUUUUAUAAUUCAUGUUAAGUUUUUAAGCUACUGUUUUUAAAAUCAAGAAGGGAAUACGUACUAUAAUUUCCAUUGGAAUGCAAAUCAAAUUGGAAUAAAAAAAUCUUACACCCGUGA